AAAUGAUAAUGGAAUCGACAUCGAAUCGAAAGCAUCAAAUCGAUGUCGAAUCGACGUCGAUUCGAUGUCGAUUCUAUUAUCAUUUCCGACUGAGGAUGCUCCACGCUAUACAUUACAUAAUUCGAUGCUUAUUAGUAUAGUCCAUGAAAUGAAAGUAUUAACAUUAGAUUUACGCGAUGAUCUGAUUUAUAAUGAGAAACUUAAUUCUCGAAAAUGACAUGUGCGAGCGGAAUGACGCUGAUGGAAACGACAAUCCUUCCACACCCGAUUUUCAUAUCGAGAAUCCCCGUAAAACGGUAGUGGAUCUGCGACAAUUGUUAAAAGAUAAAAUCAGCAAAAAUGAGAUAUUUUGUAGCUUUGAAAUUGUUUCCAUGAGGAAAUCCGAUGCGUUUUAUCGAAGACUUCUCAUAGGUAUGGAAGAGUAUGCGCCUCUCUUUUAUGCGUUAACGUGGCAUAACAAAGCAACUUCCGACAAUGAUGGUUAUCUGCCAUUGGAUCUGGUGGAGAAUUUUCCAGCCAAUACUCUUUUACAUCUAGCAGCUAAAAGUCUAAAGCGUGACGAGGUCAUUUAUAUCCUGAAAAAAGCUAUUGCUUUCGGAAUAAUUAAUAUAUUUGCAUUGCGAGGAGAUUCGUUAUCCGAGAAUGGUGACUUCGAACAUGCAGCGGAUCUGGUAGUUUUUAUCAGACAACAAUUUGGCAAUACGUUCUGCGUGUGCGUUGCGGGUUAUCCGCAAAUGCAUCCCGAAUCACCGUCUAAGAAACUCGACUUGUAUUACCUGAAAGCGAAAGUGGAGGCGGGUGCGGAUUUUAUCAUAACGCAAAUAUGUUUUGAUUCUCGAGUCCUAAUAAAUUUCGUGAGAGAUUGUCGAGAGAUCGGGAUCCAAAUCCCGAUCCUACCUGGGAUUCUCACUCCGACAAAUCACGCGUGCCUAGAAAAAAUGAUAGACAUAUGCAGGCUCGAUGUGCCGAUUAAAAUUAAAGAAGAUUUAACACGAAUGAAGGACGACGAUCAAGCGGUGAGGAAAUAUUCAGUCGAUUUGAUAGUGCAAAUAAUUACGGACGUGAUUAGAAAUGGAGCCACGUAUGGUUUUCAUUUAUUCACACUUAAUAGAUUAUCGCUGGUGGCGGAAAUAUGUAAACGCAUAGAAUCUUUCAAAGCUGAAAACUUAUAGAAAAACAUAAUAUCCAGCAAUCCUUGAAUGUCCUUGGAUCCUGAAAUUAUACUGGAAUUUUAUAUACACUGAACGACGAAAUAGGUGAUCCUUUAAUUUUUUUGCAUAGAGUAUAUUUUGGAAAAUUCCUAGAAAAAACUCCGAAAUUUUGGAGCCUGGUUAUAAUUAGUCUUUCAUUCUAAAAAAAAUCAGAGCUUGAAAAAAGAAAAAAUAAGAAGAAGAAAA